CGGUGAUGUGGCCAGCAGCUGCACACGUGGGACAUGAAGCCUUUCAAGUUUACAUAGCACACCCAUAUCACCUAAGCUACUGGAAGGCACAGCGUACGGCGAGCCCCCUGAUGUCACUUCCGGUGGGCCGCAAGGGUCUGUGGGAAGUUUUAAUGAUGGCUGUUGUAGCUGGUAGAUCAGGGGCAGUGGGGCAGGAGUGUGAUUUUCUCUUGCACCCGGAGCUGCUGUCCAGGGAUUUCCUGCUGCUGUCACUAGAGCAGAAAAACAUUGCAGUCAAAGAUGCUGUAAAUGACAAAGAGAAGCUGACAGAGAUUUUUGUCCAGCAUGCUAUGCCCCUUCCCCAGAGGACGUUACCCAAGAGCCGAUGGGGUCAACUGAUGGAAAAUAAGAAGGGAGUAAAGAAACUGGAAGAACCACACAAGAAGAGCGCUGAAAAUAUCAGAAAACGGCCCCUUAUCGUGUUUGAUGGGGCCUCUACCAGCACAAGUAUAAAGGUGAAAAAGACGGAAAACGGAGACACGGCGCUGCGGCUACAUCAACCAAGCCCAGAAAAAAGCAGCACACCAGUAAGAUCAGGAGCCGUACCCACCAGUCCAGUGUCCCACAGUAAUAGCUCAACUACCAGCAAAGAAACCAAGGUGCCUACAGGAAACCAUGAACAUUCACCUACUGGACCUGGAUCCAAUACAGUAGCAGUGAAAGUAAAAGCCCUGUCACCAGUCAGUGGAAGUGUUGUCAAACUAAAAAGGGCUGCCCCAAAGGAGGACUCGGACGCUAUGACUGAUGGGAAGCCUACAGAAGCAAAGAAGAAGAUCCAGCACGUUACAUGGCCAUGAGUUUACAUGAAGAAGAAUAUCUGACUGACUUUGGGGUAUCACACCCUAAAUAACUGAUAUGGGAAUUUAGGUGCAAAUAUGUUUGAGGACAUUGCCAAUACUUUUCUACCAGUCAAGGACGUGUUAAUGGUGCAUGACCCUGUUUAGUGUUACUCACCCAAGACAUUUCCACAAGAACAGAAGCCUCGCCGUCACGUCAGUUACUAAUUUAUUGCUGAGGACUGUUAUGCUGAUGGUUCAAAGGGAGAGGAAGGCUAACACUGUCCUACAAGUGAUAGUAGCGUUCUUAGAUCUGGUACUAGACAUGACUGUAUUAUUUUUAUAAUAUUAAAAUGUUUGGAUUGCAAUGGCAUUUGUAUUCCUUGUGAUGCCUCUGUGAGGACACCUCUCUGGAUUCGGCAAGCAGUUUUCCAGUCCAUUUUAAAAGGGCACCUAUCUUUGUAACAAACUUCUCGAAAUGUCAUAAAUUUUGAGCGCAGUGCUCCUCCAGUGAUCAGCGAGGAGCCACAAUAAUCAAAAGUUAUGUCUAAAACUUUUUUUUAAUGAUAAUUACCUUUUAAAAUGGAUUGGAAAUCUGUUCAUGGAAAUGCUAAGAUUUCCGAUCAGAAGGCUGGAAUUGUACAUGCAGUGAUUCUGUAUCCAUAUACAGGAAAGCAUACAAAAGAGAGGAGACGUAUCCGUCUGUGCUUUUGUAUUUUAUCUUCUUUUUUUAGUCUACUGUUGUGUUUGCUCUAAAAACUGCACGUGUGAUUCCAACCUAAAGAGUGUUCAUAAAUUAAGUGUUUUUCUAGUAUUAUUGAAUUCAGCAGAACAGAUCAUGAAAUGAAUUGCAGAUCGGAUAGCACGGAUGGUGUCUUUGGUGGAUCAAUGCACCAUUGACUGUACUGGUGGGGAAAAAAAGCAGGAAGUAAAAUAAUAUUUGUAUUCAAUGGAUAAUGAAACUAGCUUUAUGUUGUCAUGUACUUGUGAAAUCUAAUGAAAAAAAUCUUCAACUACUGAAUUAAUAAAGAAGAGCACAAUUUCAUUUUGCAGUACAUCACUGAGAGAACACA